GAGGGAGGGCGGAAGCGGAAGUGGGCCGGCCGGCCGGCGUGCGGGCAGGGAGGGAGGGAGGCAUGGCGGCGUGGCGGCGGCUGAGCGGCUUGUCCUUCGGCGUCUACCGAGCGGAGGAGAUCGGGAAGCUGAGUGUGAAAUCGAUAACCGACCCUCGUUUCCUGGACAGUGCAGGCAUUGCAUUACCCAAUGGGCUCCAUGAUUUGGCUUUGGGGCCGCUUGACAACAAGGAAGUGUGUGCAACUUGCAUACAGGACUUCAACAACUGCCCAGGGCACCUGGGACACACAGAGCUGCCUCUCACUGUCUAUAACCCUCUCUUUUUUGAUAAAUUAUUCCUUCUGAUACGAGGUUCUUGCUUAAGCUGUUGCCAUCUGACGUGUCCGCGAGCUGUGAUUCAUUUACUGCUAAACCAGCUGAAGCUCUUGGAAGCAGGGCUGCUUGAAGGCAUCUGGGACCUCGAGGCCAUCCUGAGCACGUUUUUAGAGGAAAAUGCAGAUGCACCUGAACUUGAUGUAGAAGAAAUUUUAAGCCAACACACAAAAGAAAUUCUCCAAAAUAACCAGCUAACAGACCAAGGGUCACAUCAUGUAAAAAAUGUAUGUGCGUGUAGAAGUGAACUGAUCUCCCGCUUUUGGAAACUGCACAUGGGUUCAAAGAGGUGUCCCAACUGCAAAGCUGAAAGAUCCUUCAUCCGCAAGGAGCACAACAGUAAACUCACAGUGAUUCACCCCGCAGUAGUCAUCCAAAAACCAGGCAAACCAGUGAUUGUGGAGGAAGCAGCAGCCGUAGAUGAAGCUCAACCGGGGAAACGAGGUUACCUGACACCGAACGCUGCCAAGGACCACGUUGAAGCAUUGUGGGAGAACGAAGGUUUUUUCCUCAGCAAACUUUUCUUUGGGAUGACGGUCAGUGGAGAUUCAAGUUUCAAUCCUGAGAUGUUCUUCCUGGAUAAACUUGUUGUUCCACCAUCUAGGUACCGCCCAGUGAAUUGUGUUGCAGACCAGAUGUUUGCAAAUGGUCAAACGGUGAACUUUCAAGCUGUCAUGAAAGAGGCCCAGGUGGCCCGGAAGCUUCUGGCUUUCAUGGCUCAAGAUCUGAAGCAGUCACUGCAGACUGAAGAGGGAGACCUCCAGCAGCCGGCUGAGCAGCCCGUGGAGCCUCUGGACCGCUCCCUCUUGGCCACAGUUCCUGGGCAGACGAUGGCAGACAAGCUCUACAACAUCUGGAUCCGUCUUCAGAGCAGGGUCAAUAUUCUCUUUGACAGCGACUUGGACAAGCUCAUGCCUGAAAAGUUCCCCGGUGUGCGUCAGCUUUUGGAGAAAAAAGACGGCCUGUUCCGCAAGCACAUGAUGGGCAAGCGAGUGGAUUAUGCGGCUCGGUCGGUCAUUUGCCCAGACAUGUACAUCGGGACCAAUGAGAUCGGCAUUCCUAUGGUCUUUGCUACCAAACUCACCUAUCCUCAACCUGUGACUCCUUGGAAUGUCCAUGAAUUGAGGCAGGCAGUUAUCAAUGGGCCUGGGGUGCAUCCGGGCGCCUCCAUGGUCAUCCACGAAGACGGGUCUCGCACCAUCUUGAGUGCAACCAGCCAGACCCAAAGGGAAGCCAUAGCCAAGCAGCUCUUAACUCCUUCCAUGGGGACACCAAAGCCAGGGUUAAAAACUGUGUGCCGCCAUAUUAAAAAUGGAGAUGUCCUGCUGCUCAACCGCCAGCCUACGCUCCACAGGCCCUCCAUCCAAGCCCACCAAGCCAGGAUCCUGCCGGACGAGAAGGUGCUGAGGCUUCACUACGCCAACUGCAAAGCCUACAACGCUGACUUUGACGGGGACGAAAUGAACGCCCACUUCCCUCAGAACGAGCUGGGCCGGGCGGAGGCCUACACCUUGGCUUGUACCGAGGAGCAGUAUCUCGUGCCAAAGGAUGGGAAGCCCCUAGCAGGCCUGAUCCAGGACCACAUGGUCUCUGGGGCCAGCAUGACCACGCGGGGCUGCUGCUUCACCCGAGAGCAGUACCUGGAGCUGGUGUAUCAAGGGCUGACCGACGGGAAGGGGCGAGUGAAGCUUCUGCCUCCAGCUAUUCUCAGGCCACAGCGGUUGUGGACGGGAAAGCAGGUUGUUUCUACCUUGCUGGCAAAUGUAAUUCCAGAGGACUGGCCUCCACUGAAUUUGUCCGGGAGGGCUAAAAUCGAUGGAAGAGCCUGGGUGAGAGCAUCUGAACCCAGGUGUCGCUCCUCAGGUCUCGACUUCAUGUGUGAAUCUCAGGUGAUCAUCCAAAAUGGGGAGCUGCUGUGUGGCGUCUUGGACAAAGCUCACUACGGCAGCUCUGCCUACGGCCUGGUCCACUGCUGCCACGAGGUCUACGGGGGCGAGACCAGUGGGAAGGUGCUGACGGCUCUGGCGCGCCUCUUCACGGCUUACCUGCAGUUCUACCGGGGCUUCACGAUGGGAGUUGAGGAUAUUUUGAUCAAGCCCCAAGCAGACCUCAGAAGACAGAAGAUCAUGAAGGACUGCACCCGCCUGGGCAGGAAGGCCAUUCAAGCUGCGUUUAACUUGCCGGAUUCCUCGUCCUGUGAGCUGGUCCAGGGAAAGUGGCAGGACGCCCACCUCAGCAAAGACCAGAGAGACUUCCAUGGGGUAGACUUGAAAUUCAAAGAGGAAGUGAACCAUCACAGCAAUGAGAUUAACAAGGUGUGCCUGCCUCUGGGACUUCACCGGAGCUUCCCAGAAAAUAAUUUGCAGUUGAUGGUGCAGUCAGGAGCUAAAGGAUCUACCGUGAACACUAUGCAGAUUUCUUGUUUGCUGGGCCAGAUUGAGUUAGAAGGUCGAAGGCCUCCAUUGAUGCCCUCUGGCAAAUCGUUGCCGUGUUUCCAGCCCUACGACUUUUCCCCCAGAUCUGGGGGGUUUGUGAUGGGGAGAUUCCUCACAGGCAUCAAGCCUGCAGAAUUCUUCUUUCACUGCAUGGCUGGUCGAGAGGGCCUGGUGGAUACAGCUGUCAAAACCAGCCGAUCUGGAUACCUCCAAAGGUGUGUCAUAAAGCAUCUAGAAGGGCUGAUAGUUCAUUAUGACCUGACCGUAAGAGACAGCGAUGGCAGCAUUGUGCAGUUUCUCUAUGGAGAAGAUGGCUUAAACGUUUCCAAAAUACAAUUCCUGCAGCCCAAACAGUUUCCUUUCAUUGUAGAUAACUAUAAGGUAAUAGAGAAAUUGAAGCGUUUAGAUGAAGUUCUGUUAAAAACAGAUCCUCGGCACGCCAAGGAACAAUUCAGCUCCGUGAAGCGAUGGCAAGUCCGGCACCGGCAGCCUUUCCGGAAAGGGGCCUUUCUGCUGUUUUCGCAGAAGAAGCUGGCGAGUGCAACUGCCCAGGCCCCCAGGGGGGAACUCCUCAGCGGCCGAGAGCCCAAAACUCUCCAGUUGCUGGAGACGUGGCGCGGCCUGAAGGAGACGAGACGGAGCAAGUAUCAGAAGAAGGCAGCCAAAUGUCCUGAUCCCUGCCUGGGUCUCUGGCAGCCAGACGUCCAUUUUGGAUCAGUGUCAGAAACAUUUGAAAAGGACAUGGACAAUUUCCUUGCGGAGUGGAACUCUCGGGAUAAACUCCUUGGCUGUUGUAGAUCUGAACUGUCUUCGGAGAGAUUAAAGGACUUGCUAUACUUGAAGUGGCAGCAGUCGCUCUGUGACCCAGGAGAGGCUGUGGGUCUCCUUGCCGCUCAGAGCAUUGGGGAGCCCUCCACCCAGAUGACCCUCAACACUUUCCACUUUGCAGGACGCGGAGAAAUGAACGUCACCCUCGGGAUCCCAAGGUUGCGGGAGAUCCUGAUGGUAGCCAGUGCCAAGAUUAAAACCCCCAUGAUGAGCAUCCCGGUGCUAAAUACGAAGACAGCUCACCAGAGGGCAAAGGGACUCAAGAAGCAGCUCACCAGAGUGUGCCUGGCAGAGGUGUUACAGGAAGUGGCUAUUCGGGAGUCUGUGUGUUUGGAGAAUAAGCUCAACAAGCACCGUCUCUAUACCAUCAAAUUCACUUUUUUGCCACAUGAAUGUUACCAGGAGAUGUUUGUGAAGCCAAGGGACAUCUUGAAGUAUAUGGAGACAAGUUUCUUCAAAAUCUUACUGGAAACGAUUAAGAAGAAGAGUUCAAAGCUGAUCUCAUGCAAAGUCGGCACUCAGAGAGCAAAUAACAGGGACUUAGCUGGUGAUGGGGAAGUUGGAGCAUCCCAAGAAAACCAGGCUGACGAUAACGCUGAGAAAGAAGAGAGAGUUCCUGACAGUGAAAUUGAUGAAGGGGAUGCUGAUGCUACAGAUGCAAGGAGGAGGGAGAAGCAAGAAGAGGAGGUGGAUUAUGAGAGUGAUGAAGGGGCCGCGGAGGAGGAGGAGGAGGAGGGGGAGGCUGCCUUGUGGGAGAGCAACAGGGAUGACCCAGAAGCCACUGGAGACCAGCAGGAUCCUUCCUUCAGCCAGCAGGUUCAGAAGAAGAAAAAGACGUCCAGUCAAUUGAUCCAGCUCCGAAUUAACAUCUUCCUGGAGAGCUGCAGUGCUAUUGAGAGCUACACGUAUGACACGGAGCACGAGCGGUGGUGUGAGGUCUCUUUGAAACUCCCGCUCUCAAAGGAAUACUUUGACUUGGCCUCCCUGGUGACCUCCUUGGUCAACAAAACCGUCCUUCACGAGACCCCAGGGAUCACACGCUGUCUCUUGAAUGAAACCACCACCCAAACGGGAGAGAAGGCGCUCACUCUGCAGACCGAGGGCAUCAACCUCCUGGAGCUCUUUCCGCACACGGAGGUCUUGGACCUCAGGAGGCUCUAUUGCAACAAUAUCCAUGCAAUGGCUCAGACCUAUGGCAUCGAGGCCGCCUUGAAAGUCCUCGAGAAAGAGAUUAAAGAUGUGUUUGCUGUGUAUGGGAUUGCCGUAGAUCCUCGACAUCUCUCUCUCGUGUCAGACUACAUGUGCUUUGAAGGGGUUUACAAACCGCUCAAUCGGUUUGGGAUGCAGUCCAGCCCUUCCCCGUUGCAGCAAAUGACAUUUGAGACCAGCUACAAGUUCUUGAAGGAGGCAGCAAUGCUGGGGUCCCACGAUGAGCUGCAGUCUCCUUCUUCUUGCCUGGUGGUCGGGAAGGUUGUCAAAGGAGGGACUGGCUUCUUUGAUCUGAAGCAACCUCUUAAAUAGGUCUCUCUGUGUUUGUGUAAAGCCCUUUUAAAGCUGAUGUAUUCUCAGGAAGGAACGGUGGUCGUUCAGCUCUGUGUGUAGAUAUCAAUACUGACCUCUAAUGCUGUCCUGUGCCUUUAAGAAUUAAAUUGAGCAGUGGAAGUCUUAUGCCA